AUGGGUUCCCUUGACUUACAAGACCCCCCAAAGGAGCAAGCCGCCUCCACGGGCCCGCAGCCCCCAUACCCCCUCCACCACAGCGUCCUCGCCAGGAUAGACCAAGACUACGCUGCAUUCUACAACAAGCACAUCUUCGACAAACAGCAGGUACAUCUACAGCCCAUAGAAGCGUCAAGAACAAGUGGUGUUCUCAUUCCCGGCGCCGGACCGCUGCUGCCGGUGGGGAAGACUGCCGAUUAUGCUAUCACGCGGAAGGAGAGCACAGGACCGGACGUCAAGGUGCGGUGUUUCACGCCUCAGGGGCAGAAGCCUGACGGAGGAUGGCCAGUUAUGAUCUACUUCCACGGUGGCGGUUGGGUGCUCGGCAACAUUGACACGGAGAAUGUCGUGUCAACGAACCUAUGUUCGCGUGGUCGGAGUGUGGUUGUGUCAGUGGAUUACAGAUUAGCUCCUGAGGACCCGUAUCCCGCAGCCGUGCAUGACUGCUGGGAGGCAGUACUCUGGGUGUUGGGCGAGGGCAAGGAGAUUCUGGAGCUGAACACAGACAAGAUGGCGACCGGCGGCUCAUCCGCAGGCGGCAAUCUAGCAGCCAUAAUGUGCCAACGAGCAGUUGCGCGCGGCGGACCAAAAUUCUCGCUGCAGCUGCUCUCCGUGCCCGUGAUGGACAACACAGCCGACACGACUAACAACCAAUCGUACAAGGAGAACGAGUUCGUGCCGGCGCUACCGGCAGAGAAGAUGCUCUGGUACAGGAGACACUACCUACCCAACCAGGAGGACUGGGCACAUCCGGAGUCAAGUCCGUUGCUGUGGGAGGGCGAUUGGUCGAAGCUGCCGCCUGCUGUGAUGGUGCUGGGAGGGCUGGAUGUACUUCGAACGGAGGGCGAGCAGUUCGCCGAGAAACUGCAGAAGGCAGGCGUCGAGGCGAAGGUCACAAUCUACAAGGGCAUGCCGCACCCGUUCUUGGCUAUGGACGGCGCACUCGAGGUUGGACGGGAUUCUAUCACCCGGUUCUGCGAGGGCUUGUUGAACACGAUGUACCUACCUAACUAG